AUGUCUGAACAAAUUAAAAGGCAUAUUGAAGAGGCAACAAUUGCGGCAGAAUCGAAUAACAAAAAAUCUAAAGUUUCUUCAAUCGCAGUGGAUGUGACAGAUAUCACAGAACAAGAUGUAGGGAUUGCUUUAUUUUUAUCUUCUGAUUUACCAGGAUUUAAAGGACAGAUAAAGCAAAGGUAUACUGAUUUUAUGGUUAACGAAAUUAAUAAAAAUGGUGAUGUUGUACAUUUAACAGAUAAAGGUUUUAAGAUGCCAAAGAAGAAAGAAUUAUCUAAAGAAGAGAUUAAAGCAAAAAAGGAUGAAGAAAUCUCAAAGAGACAAAAUUUUGUUGUUGAAUCACACUUAAGAAAGCAAUUGGUUGAUAUUUUUGGUGAAGAUGAUGUUGCCAAAAUUGAAGAUGUUUAUCGUCAUGCAACAAAAAUGGAAUCUGUAAAGUCCUUUGCUGAUAAAAGUGUGAGGACAGAGAUUCAUCAAUUACUUCGUAAGGCUUUUAAUAAUGAGCUAGAGUCUGUCACCACUGAACAGAAUACUUUUAAGAUUGCUAGAAACUCCAGGAAUUCUCGUGUAAGUAAAGAAGAACUUAUUGAACAAACCAAAGAUGAGAAUGGUGUUGAAAAUUGGGGAUAUGGACCAUCGAAGGAUUUCUUAUAUUUCACUCUAUAUAAAGAAAAUAAGGAUACUAUGGAUGCAGUUAAUGUUAUUUGUAAACUUUUAAGAGUUCCAACAAAAUUAAUGAGGUUUGCUGGUACUAAAGAUAGGAGAGGGGUUACUUGUCAAAGAAUGUGUGUAUCUAAAUUAAGAGUUGACAGAAUUAAUGCUUUAAAUAAGACUUUAAAAGGCAUGGUUGUGGGUAACUUUAAGUAUGAGGAUUCUAUUUUAAGUUUAGGUGAUCUAGGUGGUAAUGAAUUUAUCAUUGUAAUUAGAGAUGUCACUUUUGAUUCAGGUGCAAAUUUAACUCUGGAAGAAACCCUUCAAAAAGGUUGUGAGUCAUUGACUAAAAAUGGAUUUAUCAAUUAUUUUGGUAUGCAACGAUUUGGUACUUUUAGUAUUUCUACACAUACAGUUGGUAAAGAACUUCUUGCUGGUAAUUGGGAAGGGGCUGUUGAAUUAAUUCUAUCUGAUCAAGAUAAUGUCUUACCAAAAUCUAAAGAAGCAAGACAAAUUUGGAAAGAAACAAAGGAUGCAUCUUCAGCUUUGAAAAAGAUGCCAAGACAGUGUAUUGCAGAAAAUGCCAUUCUUUUUUUCUUAUCAAAUCAAAGAAAGGAGGAAAAUGGUAAUUAUUCUACAACAGCAUAUUAUAGUGCUAUUAUGAAAAUUCCAAGAAACUUAAGAACCAUGUACGUUCAUGCUUAUCAAAGUUAUGUUUGGAAUUCUAUGGCUAGUAAAAGAAUUAGCUUGUUUGGCUUGAAAUUAGUCCCUGGUGACCUAGUUAUCGAUACAAAGAAUGAUACUAGGAUUAUUAUGAAUGAAGAUGAUUAUGAAGUUGAUUUUAAUGAAGAUAUAAGAGAAGCUGAGUUUAUUCGUGCUAAGGUUUUGACACAGGAAGAUAUCGAUUCAGGUGAAUAUUCUAUUGAUGAUGUUGUCUUACCUACACCAGGUUUUGAUGUCUUGUACCCAAAUAAUGAAGAAUUAAAACAAUCUUAUAUCGAUCUAAUGAAAAAAGAUAACAUGGAUCCAUUUGAUAUGAGAAGAAAAGUCCGUGAUUUUUCAAUGGCAGGCUCUUAUAGACAUUUGCUUCAAAAGCCAAAGGAACUGGAAUAUAAAAUUAUUCAUUAUAGCGAGCCCACUCAACAGUUGGUUAACACUGAUCUGGAGAUAUUAAACAAUACUAGAGCUAUGGAAAGUGGUCAAAAAUACAUGAAGACCAAGCUUGAAAGAUAUAAUCCAGAUAAAGGUGGUGAAAAGACUGCUGUUGUAUUAAAAUUUCAAUUAGGUGUAUCAGCAUAUGCUACAAUGGCACUUCGUGAACUUAUGAAACUAGAAACUUCACGUCGUGGGGACAUGUGUGAUGUAAAAAUAUGA